GAUUUGUUUUGCUGCCGUCUGGAUCUCAGUGAACGCACCAUGCAGACAGGCUCAGCAGACCUGAAUUCUGUCAAUCUGUCAAUGUUUAUUCGGGGUUUUGGGGGAAAUUUAGGGAGUGGCUGGUGCGUGAGACUGAAUUAAGAUGUUAUAAGAGCAUAGAUCCAAUAAUAAAUAAAAAAUAAACUAAAAACGACGUUUGUGGAGUGUUAUCAAUCAGGUGAAGUCUCUGAGAGCUGGAGGCGAUCAUUCAUCCUCUGUUCUUGAUUAUCUCGUCGUAACGAGAAAACGAACUUUGUUUUCUCGUUAUAACAAGAUAGUGGAUCUCGUUAUAACGAGAAAAUUAUUUUUAAAAAGUAAGGCAGGCCGUUUUUGGCUUCCAUAAAAAAACAAAUCAAGUCAUUCAGUUUUCUUUGCUUUGGAGAGACAGUGGAUAUAUUUGUCGAAGGAUGCUGAGUCUAGAGCUGCAGGUAAGGAGUCCAGAGGAAGACCAGAGAGACACACAAGUACGGUACAUAAAUGUAUUCUAAUUUCUCAUCAAUGACUUGUUUUUUUAAGGCGCAGCUUCCUUUCUGCUUCCCAUUCAAACAGAGAUCUUAUUUUGACAGCAACAGCUGACCGGAAAUGAUGCGGCUCAUCUGCAUCCCGACAGCUCUGUGAAGAUGGCGGCACACGGUCGCCCCCCGCUGCUGUCUCUCUCUGUUUGCCUCUACGGGUGUAUCGCGGUUCUCGGAUUCCAAGUGUCCAGCGGACCGGCCGAACCGCCGAACCCGCCGGCUGUCAGAGCCGUCGACCUGCCGGCUAAGGAUGAACCUGCCGCCCAGCCUCGACGGGCGACCGGCUGGAAGCUGGCGGAGGAGGAGGCCUGUCGGGAGGACCUGUCCCGCCUCUGUCCGAAGCACACAUGGACCAACAACCUGGCCGUGCUGGAGUGUCUGCAGGACCGCAGAGAGGAUAUGGAGCUCGCCCCGGACUGCAACCAUCUUCUGUGGAGCUACAAACUCAACCUGACCACCGAUCCAAAGUUCGAGUCUGUGGCCUUGGAGGUCUGCAAGAGCACCAUUGCAGAGAUCAAGGAGUGCAACGAGGAAGAACGAGGGAGGGGCUACCUUGUGUCUUGCCUGGUGGAUCACCGUGGCAACAUCAGCGAGUACCAGUGCAACCAGUAUGUCACCAAGAUGACCAGCAUCGUCUUCAGUGACUACAGACUCAUCUGUGGAUUCAUGGACAAAUGUAAAGAAGACAUCAACCAGCUGCACUGCGGCAGCAUCAACGUGGGACAGAAGGACAUCCACUCUCAGGGAGAAGUGAUCGCCUGUCUGGAGAAGGCUCUGGUAAAAGAGGCGGAGCAGCAAAACCACAUCCACCCAAUCAAAGAGGAGUGCCAGAAAGCCAUUCUGCGGGUGGCCGAGCUGUCAUCGGACGACUUCCACCUCGACAGACAUCUUUACUUUGCCUGUCGAGACGACCGGGAGAGAUUCUGUCUGAAUGUUCAGGCCGGAGAGGGGAAAGUUUACAAAUGCCUGUUCAACCACAAGUUUGAAGAGGCCAUGUCAGAAAAGUGUCGAGACGCCCUGACCACCCGGCAGAAGCUGAUCUCCCAGGAUUACAGAGUCAGCUACUCUUUGGCCAAAGCCUGUAAGCUGGACUUGAGGAAACAGCACUGCAGCCUGGACACCGCGCUGCCACGAGCCCGCGAGGCCCGCCUCUCACACCUGCUGCUGUGUCUGGAGGCCGCCGUGCACCGAGGUCGUUCGGUUAGUGGAGAAUGUCAGGGGGAGAUGCUGGACUACCGGCGGAUGCUGAUGGAGGAUUUUUCUCUCAGUCCAGAGAUCGUCCUUCACUGCCGGAUGGAGAUUGAGACUCACUGCUCCGGCCUGCACCGUAAAGGCCGCACGCUGCACUGUCUGAUGCGCGUGGGCCGCGGCGACCGCAGCACCGUCGGCAGCGUCUGCCAGGGCGCGCUCCAGACUCUCAUCCAGUCGGCCGACCCGGGAGCCGACUAUCGCAUCGACCGAGCCCUCAACGAGGCCUGCGAGUCUGUCAUCCAGACGGCCUGCAAACACAUCCGGAGCGGAGACCCAAUGAUCCUGUCGUGCCUGAUGGAGCAUCUGUACACAGAGAAGAUGGUGGAGGACUGUGAGCACCGGCUGCUAGAGCUGCAGUAUUUCAUAUCCCGAGACUGGAAGUUGGACCCCGUCCUGUACAGGAAGUGUCAGGGCGACGCGGCGCGGCUCUGCCACACUCACGGAUGGAAUGAGACCAGUGACCUGAUGCCGCCGGGGGCUGUUUUCUCCUGCCUGUAUCGCCAUGCCUACCGCACAGAGGAGCAGGGCCGGCGGGUAAACCCAGAGGAUCAGUUAUCACGAGACUGUAAAAUGGAGGUCCAGAGGAUUCUCCACCAGAGGGCGCUGGAUGUGAAGUUGGACCCAGAGCUGCAGAAACGCUGCAUCUCCGACCUCGGAAAGUGGUGCAGUAAUAAGAAUGAUGCUGGACAGGAGCUGGAGUGUCUGCAGGAUCAUCUGGAGGAUCUGGUGCAGAGCUGCAGGGACGUUGUGGGGAACCUGACAGAGCUGGAGUCGGAGGACAUCCAGAUAGACGCGCUGCUCAUCAGAGCCUGUGAGCCCGUCAUUCAGGCCCACUGCCAUGAUGUGGCCGACAACCAGAUGGACACCGGCGUUCUGAUGGAGUGUCUGGUCCAGAACAAAUACCAGAAGGAGAUGAACGACAAGUGUGCAGUUGGGGUCACACACUUCCAGCUGAUCCAAAUGAAGGAUUUCCGCUUCUCCUAUAAGUUCAAGAUGGCCUGCAAAGAGGACGUUCUGCGUUUGUGUCCCAACAUUAAGAAGAAGGUGGACGUGGUCAUCUGUCUCAGCACCACUGUGAGGAACGACACGCUGCAGGAGGCGCGGGAGCAGCGGGUCUCUCUGAAAUGUCGGAAGCAGCUCCGUGUGGAGGAGCUGGAGAUGUCGGAGGACAUCCGUCUGGAACCGGAGCUGUACGAUCCGUGCAAGUCGGACAUCAGCCGUCUGUGUCCCAACGUGCCGUUUGGUAACGCUCAGAUGAUCGAGUGCCUGAAGGAGCAGAAGAGGCACCUGAGUCCUCGCUGCCAUCAGAGGAUCUUCAGGCUGCAGGAGGUGGAGAUGAGCGACCCCGAGCUGGACUACCAGCUGAUGAGAGUCUGCAAACAGAUGAUUAAGCGGUUCUGCACUGAAGCGGAUGCCAGGAACAUCCUCCAGUGUCUGAAGCAGAACAAGAACAGCGAGCUGAUGGAUCCCAAGUGCAAGCAAAUGAUCACCAAGAGACAAAUCACACAAAGCACAGACUACAGGCUUAACCCGGUGCUGAGGAAAGCCUGCAGAGUCGACAUUCCCAAGUUCUGCCAGUCCAUCCUGCAUAAAGCGAGCGAGGACUCGGAGCUGGAGGGUCAGGUCAUCUCCUGCCUCAAGCUGAAGUACGCAGACCAGAGGCUGUCUACAGACUGUGAAGACCAGAUCCGAGUGAUCCUGCAGGAGUCUGCACUCGACUACAGACUGGACCCCCAGCUGAAGGCGCACUGCACUGAAGAGAUCUCCUCCCUCUGUGCGGAGGAGGCGGCUGCGCAGGAGCAGAUGGGGCAGGUGGAGGAGUGUCUCAAGGUCAACCUGCUGAAAAUCAAACAUGAAGACUGUAAAAAGGAGGUCCUGAACAUGCUGAAGGAGAGCAAGGCCGACAUCUUCGUGGAUCCAGUCCUCCACACGGCCUGUGCUUUGGACCUUAAGCACCACUGUGCGGCCAUCACCCCUGGGAGGGGCCGACAGAUGUCGUGUCUCAUGGAGGCUUUGCAAGACAAGCGAGUCCGUCUGCAGCCCGAGUGCAAAAAAAGACUUCAAGACCGCAUCGACAUGUGGAGCUACGCUGCAAAGGUGGCGCCGGCGGAGGGCUUUUCAGACCUGGCGGUGCAGGUGAUGACUUCCCCCUCCAAGAACUACCUCCUCUUCAUGGUGGCGCUGAGCGUGUGCGUCCUCUUCCUGGUGGGGCUGCUGUGCGGCCGGAUAACCAAGCGAGUGACCAGAGAACUGAAGGACCGGUAAAGGAUGAGCUCCGAAAAGACUUCUGCACCCGUCCUCCUCCUCCUCCUCCUCUCAGAACUCAGUCUGAUCCGGUCUGCACGGCGCCAACAUCACAAACUCUACGCUCCGCCUGUGGCUUCACUCUGGUAGCCCCGCCCAUCUGUUCCCAGCUGCUGUUCAGAGACGAGGCGAGGCUUCGCAGCACCUUCAGGUUCAGAUGAGCAGCGCGUCCACACCUCACACCUCCCGUCCUUCUCCAGCAGAGACUUGGUCUGCUGACGCCCGAUUCCCCGAUGUUCCCCUGAACCUGCAGGCCUUCUUUUCUUGACCCGAGUCGAGCGGAUUCUCACAGUUCUUGUUCUGGACAUGUUUUAUUGUGUGUCUUAUUUAUUUUUUUUGCUAAAUUUUGCACCUUUUUGUUGACGGAUUGAUUUCUGAAGCGGUUCUGCUUUGCUUUCGUUGUCCGUCCAGCUCCAGAACCGCAAUGCACUGAAGUCGGCAUCAGAAAAGGAGACCAGAACUUUGACGGAGAAGCUUGACAGAGUCUGGCUGUGGGCAGACGCCGGUGCGGCCCAGACUGAUCUGCCCAGUUUAAGCCCAAAGACACUAGAAUGUUUCUGAAUCACAAUUAACAGACUUUAAAUUAUGACAUUUUAUUGCAAUAUUUCAUCCUAGUGUUGAAGUUCAGACCAAACUUUAGUCCAUCCUGACUGAUGUUUCAGAGUGGAGACGACUCAAAAACUAAAGCAACCAAAUAGAUUCAUUUGACCUUAGAAAAUCUUGAAAAAGGUUUUAAAAAAAUAGAUUUUUUUUUCUUAGAAGUUAUUAACAAAUCUUGACCCAACAGCCACCGAAAAAUAAAAAAUGACAACAUUUUUAGCCUUUUUUUUUCAAUCCAGUCAGUUUUAAAGGGUAACCAAACAGGAAGUUGGAGUCUGACUCCGCCCACAGCCGAGAUGUGAAAAUCCAGUCAGAGG